AUACUUCCGAUCAGAACCCAUCGCCCCUUUUAUUCUUCCUAAAAAACCCUUCAGACGCCUCAGCUCUCUCAAACUUCCUUCGUUUUAUUCUUUCUUCUCUGUAGAAAUCUGCCUCUCUCUCUCUCUCUUUUUUUCUUUACCCAAAUCGCCUUUAGAUUCAUUACAUUGUUCUCUCAAAUCUCAAUUCCUGAAAAAAAAAGGAGAUCGAUCAGCAGAAAAUGGCAGUUGACUGGACGCAACUCCCGCAAGAACUACUGAAAUCAAUUGCCGACAGCAUCAAGAUCUACGCCGAUUACCUUCGUUUCCGCGCCGUCUGUCACAGCGUGCGAUCCUCCGUCCCAAACACCCCGCGCCACCUACCUCCUCAGCUCCCAUGGCUCAUUCUCCCCACCGGGCAAUCCGACCAAUACAAAACGGCAUUCUUCGACCUACAAAUCGCCCGAAAACUCCAACAUCUCGAGGUCCCAGACGCCGUCUCGCACUGGACUUUCCUUUGCGGCUCGUCUCACGGCUGGCUCGUGCUCCUUUUCCAGUCUCCAGGGGUCCUUCUCUUCAACCCUCUCACCCGAGCCAGCUUCCAUCUUCCUCCGUUCUCUGCCUACUCCAAUGCCCAGAUCGUCAACUUGUUUGAAUUCGAAAUAAACGACGAAAUGGGCGAGAUUUACAUGCGAACUUUCCGGGAAAUGCUCGACUCGUAUAUCAAGAAAGUCGUUUUCUCUUCGUCCCCACUAAGCAACAACUUCGUCGCGCUGGCUAUUAUCAACCAAUGUGAUAUUUUAGCGUACUGUAAGAAGGGCGAUCUAACAUGGACUUUGAUACCCCGCACGAUGUUUUGCUGCGAGGAUGCUAUAUAUUACAACGACCUAUUCUACGUGGUGGACAAGCACGGAGCGGUUGCUGUGUGUGAUGUAAACGGCGCGUCGCCGAUUGUUUCCAUUAUCAAACCUCAGUUACAGAUGGGCGGCGACCAUCAAUAUUUGGUAAAUUCGGGGGACGACGAGUUGUUGUUGGUGACGCGGUAUGUGGAUGUGCAAUACGACGACGUUGACCCUAACAAGAUCGUAUCCUACAAAACAGCGCGGUUUGAGGUUUUCAGAAUGAAUUGGAGCGAGCCACGGUGGGAGAGGAUUAGAAGCUUGGGUGAUCGAAUGUUGUUUGUUGGGGAAAACUCAUCGGUGUCGUGUUUGGCUUCUGAUUUUAAGGGAUGUUUAGGGAAUUGUAUCUAUUUCGCAGAUGAUAGUGAUUUCAAAUAUAAUAGUGUUAAUGGAGACUAUGAUUUGGGUAUAUUCAAGUUGUUGGAUGGGAGCAUUGAACAUUUACCUUCUUGCCAGCGAAAUUUUCGUUCUCGGAAUGAUUGGCCUCCAAUUUGGGUUACACCAAAUCCGUGUUAAGUAUUCGACCCUGAAUAAAAGGUUACAUUCAAUAAGCACAAUCAGAAGCUAGCCAUUUCAUCCAGCCUUUUGGUAACAAUGUACCUUGAAUAUGUGGAGACUGUCACAGCAAUGCAGAGUUCAUAGCACUGGUGGAGAAGCCUAUUAACUAUAAUAGGAGAUGGGAAGCAAUUUCACCCCUUUGACAACGGAUUCUGCCCUUCUGGUGAAUGUGUUGAUAAUCUCCAUGGCAUACAAGUUACUGCAGUGACUGUGGCAUUGCAAUCACUGAAAUGGAAAGAAACUCGUUUAUCUCUGAAGUAUUGCUAUUGCUUAGCUGAUGCAUAUGGCCUGAUAUGAGCUCUAAUAUUUGCAUCGAUUCAAUUUUUUUCUACUAUGUUGACAUCUUAAUGAGAAAUGAUUUGAAGAGAA